CGUUCACAUUGACCUCCCCUUAUUUUUUUUGUGUAAGUUAAGGUCAACAUACUAUAAUGUCAAGGACAAAACGUUAACAGACUUUUAAAUCCUGGUCACGAAAACGUCACAACGACACAACACAACGUUUCUCACACUAUUGGACGCCUCCGACAACAAUGGCUCGAAAUGCUGACAUGGAGGCUCUUAAUGAUUCGUCACCUGAAGGCCAACACCAACUACAGAAACGUUGCAGUGAGGCAUGUCCAGUAGGGCAACGCUGUCGAUGUUUGCCUCCACUCGCUACUGUCAUCAGAGAGCAAUGCCCACCUCUGGUAUGUCCGAACCGUUGCAGCUCAGGGGCGGUUAUCACAAGAGACAUUAACGGAUGCAAAACUUGCAAGUGCGGCGCCAAGAGGGUGUGUAAACCCGUGGCAUGCAGAAUGAUGUGCCCUAACGGCUGGGCUAAAGGCGCUGAUGGCUGUGACGAGUGCCGGUGUAAGGCACUUUCCAAACAGACUAGAUGCCCACUUGUGCAGUGUAACAAAGCUUGCCCGUACGGCUACGCCAGUGAUAGCAAUGGCUGUCAGACCUGUAGAUGUAACACUGACCUAGGUCCCUUAGCGUCAUAACAUUGCUAUCUAUGCUAAAGUGACCAAAAAAAAAACUUUUGGAUUAAAACUUACAUGACGAUCAAAA